CUACAGGUUUGGGCAGUCGUCUAUGGGUGACCCAGUUUCAGACGCUUUGUUCGGGGGAACCGCCUGCAUCAGUUUUGUAGGCUACCUUUAUUCAAAAGAGGUCAGUUAAAUUAUUUAUAAUGAAACAAUUUAUAUGACAGUAUUUGAUAUAUAUAAGUUAACUUCAAUGCAUUUGGGAACAGCAAGUGGGGACAUAUUGGGGACAUUUUAGUGAUUCUCUCACACGACACAAAUUGUGUCAGUAAUGAGGCGCAUGAGCAGAUUCAGAUUCUUCACAUCAACCGAGAGUUCGACUGACACAAAACACUCAUCCGCUGGAAUUAACCUACUGUAGUCGGUGGCAGCGCUUUCGUAGUGGACCCCUGAUACUGGCUCUCAUUACCAAUGAGACUUGGCAUCUUGUUGGAGUUGGAUAAGAAAUGACGGGUCCCUAACGACGCUAAGUGUGGACUGAAUCUCAACCAAAGAGGAAUAACAACUGAAGACAACAUCUGAAGUUGAGCAUGAAGCAUCGCGGUUCGUAACUCAUUCAAUCGAAGUAGAUUUAUGUCUAGGAUAAUUGCUCAGAUUCUCCGAAAUAUUUCCCGUAUGACUAUAUGUUAAAUAGAAGAUCCACCUGGUUCAGCUGAAGUGUUUUGGAAGCCCGUCUGUGUGAGGAUGAAGUCCAGGCGCAGGUUGUGUUCAGCAGGCUGGGAGUCAGUGGUGCUGUCCAGCGUCCUGCUGCUUCACAUCGCUCCUUUGUGUGUUAAUGGCAGUUCAUUUAUCUCCAACUCAACUGGGACUAACUCCUCAGACCUGAAUGGGAAUGGGCUUAAGCUUGCACUUCCUAUUGCUAGGGCCCACGUUCACUCUCGGAAACCACGAGCUGGAGAAGAGUCUGUCAGCCUUGGAGAAAUCUCAACCAGUGCUGUGAGGGACAGCAGUUUUGAUUCAGCUGAAAGGAAACACGUCAUUGAUUUGACGAUAGAUGGCAUGGCUGCCCGGCUGCCCACGCUGGCUGAACCCCGGACACGUGGCCUGUCCCAGCUAGACUUUAACGAGGAGAGAAUUGAGGACAGUGCUCCACUCUGGAAAAGCGAGAGACUACAAGCGGAUGGGACGUUUAUAGAUCCGGCCACUAGUCCUUCUCCUGAGUCCACCCCUUCCCAACCAGAGGAAGUUAUCACUGUGAAUUUUUACAAUCCUUCUUACCAACAGAGUGUUCUUGAUCCUCCUGCUUGGGUUCAGGAGCUCCAGGGUGGUUUUUAUGAUUAUCUAUCACCUGACUAUUCACCCACUGAAGUUUAUCUAGAGGAGAGCCAACCAUUGCCACCUGACAUGGAAGAUGAAAAUGUUCCUCUCAUAGCCAGCACAGUUCCCUCCAACACUAGAGUUAUUACUCUUGAUGAGGGAUCUGGAGAAUCUUCAGCUGGAGCAUCGGAUGUGCUCACCUCCGGUUGUCUCUAUGGUUUUGUGCGUUACAAUGGCACAUGUAUCUCGUCAUGCGACAUCUUCCCUAGUUACUGCUUCAAUGGAGGACAGUGUUAUGUGGUGGACAGUAUUGGUGCUUUUUGCCGGUGUAACAUUCAGGAGUAUAUCUGGAACAAAGGCUCAAGGUGCGAGUCGGUCAUUUCUGAUUUCCAAGUGAUGUGUAUAGCAGUGGGUGGAGCUGCUGUCAUGUUGUUACUCCUCUUCAUGGUUAUAGUCUUUUUCUCCAAGAGGAUGCACGUGCUAAAGACUGAAAACAGGCGACUUCGCAAUCACAGUAAGUUUCGUCCAAAGUCGGAGCAGCAUAUCGAUAACUUCUCACUGUCCACUGUCGCAGAGGGCUCUCAGGCAAAUAAAACCAUGAGCAGAUACACAUGGGAAUAUAAACCCAAAGAGGAUCCCUGCAGCGAGGAUUGCACUUGUAAAGAAGAGCCAUGCAAAUGUCCCCCUAAAGAGGACGAGUCUUUGAAGAACCAGAACUCACUCACGCCAAAACUGGAAAACGACAAGGCUGCAACAGAAGACAAUGCAGAGGAGGGUGGUGUGACCAUCGACUUAGAGUUGCUUCUCCCCGAAGAGGCGAAAAUGCUCCCCGAGACAAGCCCGCCACUGCACUACAAUGUCUUUCUCUACAAGCACCCCAAAUCCCCUAAAAAGUCACCUGUGCUGCGCCUUCCUCCUGGCAGAUCUGUACAGGGGAGGCCUGUGUCCCAGCUCUGCCCCAGACGUAGCUCUGAACCCAGCUACAGCCCCAUUAGCACACGUUCCCUACCGGGAGUCCUGUCCGGCUCAUCCAGCCCUCACCUGGGCAUGGACUACACACCUUAACGUGAUGUACAAAGAAAUGGCAAAUUUAUCCUACAUGCUACUUGACUGUGAGAAAUUUAAGACACUGAUUGUUAAUGAGUGAGUCUUGUGAAUAAACAAGAAAUGAAAUGGGAUGCAUUUUAGCGUAGGCCUUUACCGAAACAAAAUCACUCAGCAUCACAAUAAAGGUUAGUAGAUGAUAAAUGAUGAAAUGAAUUAGCAUUGUUGUGUAACAGGAGUAUAAAGGGAAAAUAAGUCGAGAAACUGUUAAUUUGGUGUUACAGACAAACAUGGAUCUCAGAUAUGUGUUAUGGUGCCAUGUUUUAUGUUGUAUUUUGUCAAACAGCACAUUCAUAUUCAUACACAUGCAUUCACAAAAAUGAUGGAACCUGUAAACAUUCAGGCCAAACAACUUGAUAACUAUUAUUAUUAACAAGGUGCUUUUUGUGUGUUUUUGUUGUUAGAUUAAUACUUUGAGAAUAAAUAAUUUAAUUGUAUACAUCUGA